UAUGAUGUCACCCCGAAAUAUGAUAUCUCGGCAUUUGCCACUGAGGUGACGCCCAUAGUAGACAUUUUGGCUCCUGAAAUCAAGGAAAUUUUGGAGUCACUGCAAAAGUUUUCCUAUAUUGCUAAAGGAGAUAAGUCAGGAACCAACAUAGCUUUGGCCUUCAACAAAAUCUAUGAGAAGAUGAGCGCCAUGAGAACUCGAAAUGAAAAGGCGUACAAGGAGGUGCGGAACGUCAUCAUCAUCUUCACUGAUGGCAUUGCCAACAUGGGAGGGAGACCUAAAGACGUUCUGGACAAAAUCAGGGCAUUUGUGCAUUCCGUGGUAGGAGAAGACUUGGAAAAACACCUGGAUAUUUACGCAUUCGGUGUGGGUCCUGAUGCAGACACGGCAGCACUUCAGCAGCUGGUGUCUAAGAAGGAAAAGGAGACACAUUUCUUUAGACUGCAGGACCUCAACAUUUUGGAAAAAACGUUUGACGAAAUGAUCGACGAAGGGAAAACUGUGGGCUUGUGUGGUCUCUACAGAGGUCAUGGGGAGGUUAAAUCACGCCAAAGACAUCCCUGGUUUGUGAAGAUCUCAGUUAUUAGGAUGAGUGGUGGUAUCAAUUGCGUCGGCGCUCUGAUUACUUCCCGGUUCAUCCUGACAGCAGCCCAAUGUCUCAUGUCAGCGGACAAACCAACAUCGAUCUCGAUUACAACGGACAUCAAACCACAUUUGAAGUUGAAUGUUAAAAUGUUUAAAAUGCACCCUCAGUAUGAUAUCCGAGCGAAGAAGGAUCAGGGAAUACCAGAGUUUUACGAUUACGAUGUCGCUCUCAUUCAGCUGGAUAAGGAUGUGAAGUUUGACGUGAACAUGAGGCCAAUCUGUAUUCCCUGCACUAAGAUGACCAGUCAUGCCUUAAGGUUGCCGGAGACUGCGACGUGUAAAGAUCACGAGGACAUCCUCUUAAGAAGUAAAUUUGAACAGGCAAGCUUUACAGCUGCAACUACUUACAUAAAGAAAAAUGUCACCAUCAAGCUAGGCACUCAGAGGGACAGUUGUAUUGGAGAUGCUAUACAUGCAAAAGGAUUAAGGGUGACAAAAGCCAGUGACAUUGUGACAGAUAACUUCCUGUGCACGGGAGGGAUUGAUGACAAAAUAAACAACAUCGCAUGCGGAGGUGAUUCGGGUGGAGCUUUGUAUGUAGAAAGGAAGAAACGUUUGAUCCAGGUGGGGAUUACAAGCUGGGGUGUUGAAGAUUUGUGUAGAACCGACAAUACAAUUAUUUCUACAGAGCAUUCCAGGGAUUUCCACAUUAAUCUGUUUAAAGUUCAGCCAUUCAUCAGAGAAUACCUGGAAAAAGAAGAUGAAGAUUAUGGUCCAACAGCUUUUAUCAACUGAUCAAGUUUAGUACAGUAAAACCUCGGAUUACGAGCAUGAUUCGUUCCAGAAACGUGCUUGUAAUCCAAAGCACUCGUAUAUCAAAGCAAAUUUUCCCAUUAGAAAUAAUGGAAACUCAGAUGAU